AUGGCUUGCUGUAAACGUCACAUUAUUCCAGUUUUGGCUGUUACAUCUUUAUUGGCAAUCGGCUCAUAUUUUUAUUUACACAAACAACCGUCAACCCGUGAUUCUUCCGAUGAAAAUGAGGACAAUACAUCGGAGAAGAAACAAAAUUUAAAGAAAACUAGCACUCCCACUAAAAAAGUAACUGUUUUGAUUUCUGGUUCAGGUUCCAAUUUACAAGCCUUGAUAGAUGCAAUCCACAACGGUCCCUUAGAUCACAAUCGUGUGGUAAUAAAUAAAGUCAUUUCAUCUUCUAAAAAAGCUUAUGGCCUAACACGUGCUGCCGACAAUAAUAUACCAACUUCAAUCCAUGCUUUGUACAAUUAUACCAAGAAUAUUCCUAAAGAAGAUAAGAAAAGUCGUGCUGAUGCUCGUAAGUUAUAUGAAAAAGAUCUAGCAAGUUUAAUUUUACAAGAUAAACCAGAUUUAAUUGUUUGUGCCGGCUGGCUAUUAAUCUUGGGCCCCACAUUUUUGUCACAGAUUGAUCAACAAGUUCCAAUUAUCAAUUUACAUCCAGCUUUACCAGGAGCGUUUGAUGGCACCGUCCAUGCGAUUGAAAUGGCUUGGAAUAAAUGUCAAGAAUUAAAAAAACCUUUUAUCGCGGGAUGCAUGGUUCAUUAUGUUAUUGAAGAUGUCGAUAAAGGCAAACCAAUCCUAGUUAAAAAGUUAACUAUUGUACCAGGAAAAGAAACCUUAGAAGACUACGAAACUAGAGUUCAUAGUGCGGAACAUAUAGCUAUAGUAGAGGCUACUGCACAAGUUUUGGGUUUAUGA